CCUGGCGGGAUUCCCUGCUGGCGCCGCAGCCGCAGCCAGAGCCGCAGCCAGAGCCUCCGGGAGCCGGAGCUGAAGCACCGGCCCCGCUGGAGCCGAGCCGAGCCGAGCUCGCCGCCUGGCACCGGCUGGAGCGCGAGCCGGCGCGUCACCCUCACCGCCUGGGCACUGGCGGAAGCAGCGAGCUGCAACCCCUCGGGCUCCCCCGGGCGCGGAGCCCUGACCGCCCCUGCUAGGCCUGGUCACGGCCUGAGCACGCAGGAGUUCCCGGGGUCUGGAUCCCCACCCUAACGGUCUGGGGACCUAAGAGAAAAAACGAAGGAGGAUUCCAUCUAACAGCAUAGCGUGGGCACUAGGCGCGGAGGAGAGUGGAGACUUCACCUGGCACGGGGCAGAGGUGCCCGGAGCUUAUUAGGCCGGGCUUGAGCAUCGGAGAGCCUGGCAUCCCAGCAGCCACGACCUUGGCUCUGCCUUGUCUGAGCCGACACGGUCAUCUCAGCUCCCAGACCUCGGCUGGCACAAGGAAGCGGUGCUCUCACCUGUCUGAGACUGGGGACAGGAUCUGAGGAACCAGGAUCUGGCGGGGCCCAGAGCUGGUCACUGGGCAGCCCGCCUUCUGCCCCAAUUCCACUGGUGCGGAUGUGCCUGUGCCCGCUGGAGCACCAUGAGGGCAGGAUGACCUCAGCUGAAGCAGCGGCAGCGGCUGGUGGUGCUCGGGUGGCUAGGCCCGCUGGGUGGCCUCCUGGAAGCCCCCAGACCCUUGGGCAGCCUGGCCGAGCCCGGGUGGCCGUGGCAGCACUGGUGUGGCUGCUGGCAGGAGCCAGCAUGUCAAGCCUCAACAAGUGGAUCUUCACUGUGCACAGCUUUGGGCGGCCCCUGCUGCUGUCGGCACUGCACAUGCUGGCGGCAGCGCUGGCAUGCCACUGGGGAGCACAGCGACCCGUGCCAGGUGGCACCCGCCGCCGGGUGCUGCUGCUCAGCCUCACCUUUGGUACCUCAAUGGCCUGUGGCAAUGUGGGCCUGAGUGCUGUGCCCCUGGACCUAGCACAGCUUGUCACCACCACUACACCACUGUUCACGCUGGCCCUGUCGGCGCUGCUGCUUGGCCGUCGCCACCACCCGCUACAGAUGGCUGCCAUGGGCCCCCUCUGCCUGGGGGCUGCCUGCAGCCUGGCCGGAGAGUUCCGGGCACCUCCCACCGGCUGUGGCUUCCUGCUGGCGGCCACCUGCCUCCGAGGCCUCAAGUCCGUUCAGCAGAGUGCCCUGCUGCAGGAGGAGAGGCUGGACGCGGUGACCCUGCUGUACGCCACCUCGCUGCCCAGUUUCUGCCUGCUGGCGGGCGCGGCCCUGGUGCUGGAGGCUGGUGUGGCCCCGCCACCCACUCCUGCCGACUCCCGCCUCUGGGCCUGCAUUGUGCUCAGCUGCCUCCUGUCUGUGCUCUACAACCUGGCCAGCUUCUCCCUGCUGGCCCUCACCUCUGCCCUCACCGUCCACGUCCUGGGCAACCUCACCGUCGUGGGCAACCUCGUCCUGUCCCGCCUCUUGUUCGGCAGCUGCCUCAGUGCCCUUAGCUACGUGGGCAUCGCACUGACUCUUUCAGGAAUGUUCCUUUACCACAACUGCGACUUUGUGGCCUCCUGGGCUGCCCGCCGGGGGCUGUGGCGGAGGGACCAGGCUGGCAAGGGGCUUUGAGACCCGGAGGAGCUCAGGGGCCACCUGGGACAGCCCCAGACUGAAUCUGACCUCAGCCAGUGCCUGCGGGAAGGGUGGAGAACAGGCAGCCGCCACUGCUGGGGACCGUGGGGAGGGAGAGGCACCUUCUGGAAGGGCUGCCUUGGAGGCUGGAACAGGGACUCCCAGAGAGACCUACCUCCUGUCCCUGCCCGCCUCAUCCCCAUCACAGACCCUGCUCACCACUGGAUGGUGGGCCCAAGCCUGGCACAGUCACCGUGCUUGUUGGAGUAAUUAUUAGGAUCAGUAUCAGCUACUAUGCUGAAAAUUGCUGGGCAAACUUUGAAAACCUCAAUGUAUUAUAAUGACGAUGAUGAUGAUUCUUGGCGGUUGCACAAUCCUUCCUCUCGGGGGGAGGCAGCUAGGGGGCCCAGGGAGGGGUUUCUUUGCUGCUGGGCUCCCCUAGGGAGCUGGGGUGGUCUGUGCCAACUCCAGGCAGCUGCUGUGGCAUCACCCCAGGGUCCCCCAAUUUUGGGUCAUCCGUCCUCAAAUAAACUAUUUUUGCUUGUA